AUGGCUCCAGUCAAACCAUCGUACAGUCAACCCCUCGGCUGCAAGUCGCCGUCUCUCGCUUUUUUGCCGCGGGCGGAUUCACCGUCUAACAUACCUUCGCAACCUCUCCUUACGAACCACCGACUCGUCGCCCAUCCGUGCUCAACUCUAGUCGCCGUCGCAUCUCCCCGCGCCCGCUGCUUGGACAUGUUCAACCCCGGAGCAGAGCCUGGCCCCUCCAAACGUCGCGCCCCCAAGACGGCGUCUGGGGAAAACAAAGUGAGCUGCACAGCAUGUCGUACUGUCAAGUGUAAAUGCGUCGAGGCCGCCGAUCCAUCCCAGGACAAGUGCCAACGAUGCGAACGUCUCAACAUCGCCUGCGUCUACCAGGCUCAUCAGCGUGGUCGUCGACGGAAGGAUGGAUCGCGUCCUCAUCGUCGUGAUGAGGUGUCGAGUCCCACGUCCGACGCUACCUCCCCCGCCAUCCUGAAGAGAAAGUACUCUGAUCAUGGCAUGGGACGCGAGGGCAGCCAAGGCCACGACGUUACCAGACGCCGGCUGUCUGUCACAACUGGACCGUCGCCCGCCACCGCGACUCCUAACGGCAGCGCCGGUAUGACACCUCUCCGGCCAUCGUACCAGGAACCCUUCCCUCCCGACUCUCGCGAGCCCCAUCGCGAGGUGGUCGACUCAAAGGAGCACCUGCGGCCGUCGCCCGACCCCGAUGACCACGAUCACGACCACGACUACCACCGCGACAUCGAUCACGCGCCCGUCAACACUGUGUACCACGAUGUCGCGAACCGAUCCAUCUUCUCCAUUGCCGGUGUCAUGGAUCGGAAGGGUGGCGAUGACAGCCCGGAAUACAGCACCGUCCAGGCAUCCAACACGAAGGACGACCCCGUCGCGCUCGGGAUACUCACCAUGGCUGAGGUCGAGUCGCUCUUUGGCCAGACCAGCUCCAGACCUGCGCCAGAGCUCUACGACCAGCUGAACGUGAUUGCGAACCGUCUCAUCGACCGUGCCAUGUCCGACUGCGUGUGCUCCAUCGAGAUUGUCCAGGCUAUCUGCAUCCUGCAUUACUGGAAGAAGCCCCAGGACGGACGGGGCUGGCUGCGACUUGGACACGCGAUUCGCCUUGGUUACCAGCUCGACCUGCACUUGCCGCGGAAGGACAAGCUGCCAGCAGAUGAGCGGAAGGCCCGACUAGUGAUUGAUCGGGAACGCACGUGGAUCAGUCUAUUCUGUUUUGACAGCACCCAAACAGAGCUCGUCGAUCGCCCUUCAAUGAUGAUGCGAGCCCCCGAUGUCGGAGCCUGGAUUCGCGAGAUCCCUUACCCCCUUCCGUCCGACGGUCAGCUCGACUUUGCUGUUAAGACCAGCUGUCUCCGUCUCGAGGUCCGUCAAUUGCAGAACUGCAAGGGCAACUACGAGAUCCUCCGAUCUGGCCUCCGCCGGAUCAGCGAGGACCUGCACCGCUCCCACCAGAUCUUGCUCAGCGAUGAGUACCCUGUCAAGCUGACCUCGACGUCGGUCAGCAUCAACAAGUUCAGCACCGUUGCUGGCCAAUUACUCGUCGAGUGCACCUCGCUCUCUUUCGCGCCGAAGAAGCACCGCAUCAGCCUCAUGCACGCCUGCGUCUCGACGAGUCUCGACCUGCUGGACAUCGUCGUCGAGGGCUUCGUGCGCAAGGGCAUCAUGCCCAUGAUUGAGGACGCCCACUCGGUGGCUGUGGCGUCUACGGCCGUGCGCCUCAUCCGUUUCCUUCCCUACCUUGAUGGUUCUGCCAGGGCUGCUGUUUUGCGCAAGAUGACCAAGGUCGUCAUAGUUUGUCGCGAGGCGGCGCGCGGCGACCAGGAGUCGCACCCCGCAUACCUCGCUCGUUUCAUCCACGCCCUGCUGGACAAGGCGCACCAGAGCCGCCCGCCAUCCCGAGCCCCUUCGCCUGCCGCUGCCCGCCAGCUGCACAUGACCGGCAUGACACCCAUGGACGCGCCGAUGCCGACGCCGCAGCAACAGAAGACUACCCCGGAUCAGUGGUGGGACGAGAUUGGACAGUUUGCCUACAACCAAGAGCAACCUCAAUUGUUCAAGGAGCACCAGGAUUUCUGGGACGGCUUCCCCCUUCUUGCUGGCGCGAUGAACACGCUGACUCCGGCGGGGCAGCAGAACGGCGUGCCGCCCGGCACGUCGCCUGGAGGAACGAUUGACCCUCUCGCGGCGCCGUUUGCGUGGGACCUCGACUUCCUCGGCAUCGCCCAGCCGCACUGGGCCACUAACCAGUAG